AUGCUGCCUUGUAAAGCAGACGGUGGAAACGAUGGACAGCUCAGGUUCGGCAGCGGUGCUCCCAGAUGGCAUCUGAUGCACAACUACCGUGGCCACUUGGAGCUCCAUGCCCCGUUGAACCAUAACAUGUACCAUGUUAGAGAAAGAGUUUAUUUCAAUGUAAUCCGCGACUGCUCGUGGGCCUUCACUUUACCAGAUAUGAGCACUUUCGCUAUCGCUGUCAAUGGCUAUCGCUUGGUCGCCAACCAACAGUUCGAGACCACUGUUGAUAGUGUGCUUAUCAACUACCGCACUCUUCGAUGCACCUCUGACGACGAGACUAUGACGUUUGCAGGAAGCGACUCAGAGGAUCCGGAGCUUUAG